UUUUUAAAGCAAAACAAAAUAACUGGUACAAAUGCUUGGUGAUCUGUUAGCUAUUUGCACCAACUUUUAAAUGUAAAUAUUCCGCUCCGGCAACGUUGUUCCUUUAAGUUAGUGCGUCUGCCUUGCUUUUGUAGCCGAUAUCAGACUCAGACAGGCACACAAGCAGAAGCAGACGCAUUAAAUCGUCUUUUCAGCGGUGUGCCGUGCACGGAAGUUUAUAGUUAAAUUAUUAUCAGAACUUAACACAUUUCUGAGUCGAGGUUUGGAUUUUCUGCACUUAUCCCCACGGCUAGUUUGACCAAGUCAUUUUAAUUUCGCUAUCGAAGCGUUUUUUAAGCGAUUUAGCACAAUGUCAGUGGCCUAUGUGCAGCGAAACCGGCCUCAGCCAAGCACCCAACAAAUACAGAAGUUGUUGGACGAAAAUAGUCAAUUGAUCCAGACGAUUCAGGAAUACCAAAACAAAGGAAAAGGGCAAGAAUGCAUGCAAUUUCAACAGAUGCUACACCGAAAUCUCGUGUAUCUAGCCUCCAUGGCAGAUUCCAAUCAAAACAUACACACUCUUCUGCCGGCUCCUGGAACAAUGGCAUCAAGUGGACAAGCACCACCAAAUCAGCAACCUGGUGGUCCUCCUGACAUGAAUGCUUCAUACAAUGGGCCGCAGCAGGGUCCCCAGCAUGGACCUCAUGGACAGAAUCCCCAACAGGGGCCUCCCACACCGCAGCCAGGUGGCUACCGCGGACCGCCGCCUCCCCAGCAGCAACCAAUGCCUCCUAAUCAACCCCAACAAAGACCAGGCCCAGGACAGCCCUACAGACCUGGUCCUCAAGGUUAUCCUCCUCAACCUCCACAUCAGUAUGGUCCGCAGUAUGGUCCUCAACCAGGAGCUCAGAACUAUCCCCCAAAUCAGCAAGGCCCUCCAGGAAACUACCCUCCGCCAUCUCAGCAGCAGAUGCCUCCAUCUCAGCCACAUCCCCAAGGUCCUCCUCAGUCGCACAAUCAAAUGCCAACCCCCUCACAAGCACCUCCUCAGCCCAAUCCUCAACAUUCUGGUGGUCCUCCAAGCCAGCCAUCUACCCCCCAGCCUAGUGGUCCGUCAGCCACUCCCCCACAGCAAAAUCAGCCACCCCAACAACAGCAGCAGCAGCAGCAACAACAACAACAACCACAGCAGCAGCAACAACAACAACAACAGCCUUCCCAACAGCAGCAGCAGCAGCAACCCCCUCAGCAACCGCAACCACCCCAAUCACAACAGCAGCAGCAGCAACAACCCCCGCAUCAGCAGCCUCCGCCUCAGCAGCAGUCGCAACCUUCAGGCCCGCCCCAGCAAAAUUAUCCUCCUUCAGGCGGUCCUCCGGCCUCGCAAGGACCGCCAGGUCCACAGAAUUACCAGGGUGGUCCUCCACCUUCAAAUUACGGUCCUCCCCCUCCUAACCAGGGCGGCUCGCCGUACCCGCCUGGCGCCGGACCGUAUGGUGGGGGCGGCGGCCCAGGCCAACCCCGCUAUGAGCAAAACCCAUCUCAGACGCCACCGUCGUCCAACACUCCGCCCACCGGCCAGUACCCGCCUCCUCCACAGGGACCCGCGGGGCAGCAGCCACAGCAGGCACCACCUCCUCAGCCACCGCAGCAGCAACAGCAGCAGCAGCCGUACACACCGACCACCUCGCAGGGCCCGGGCUACCCGCCCCCAUCGCAAGGACCGCCUCCCUCCCAGGCUGGCCCUGCAGGCAGUCAGGCGCCAGGCAGCCCUGCCCCAUACCAGCAAGGGCCGCCCCCGCAGGCGCAGCCCUACCCACCUUACGGUGGCCAGAGCCCAUAUCACGGCUACCAAGGCUACCAGGGUCAAGGUGGCUACGGAUACCAGCAAGGCCAGUAUCCGCAGGGACAGUACCCGCCAUAUCCACCGAACGCAAACGCUGCGGGAUACAACCAACCCCCGCAGCAACCAGGUCAAAGUUACGCUCCUCCCAGCAACGGUCCACCACAACAGGGCACACCGAAUCAGCCGCCAUCGUCGCAAGCCCCAGGAGCAACCCCUUACGCACCACCGCCUGCCAACCAGCCAUACGCCCCACCCGCCCAAGGCGGGCCUGCAGGCUACGGACCUCCACAGGGUCCGGGACAGUACUCGCAGUACGGCCAGCCACCCCAGGGAUAUCCCCCGCAGGGACCUCCUCCGGCAGGCUACCCACCGCAGCAGUACAGCCGACCUCCUCCUGGGGGCCCGCAACAGCCGCCCCCGGCGGGAGCACCACCCCAGGGACAGUAUUACGAUCAAACUAGGUUCCAGGGCUACCAGCCACCUCCUCAGUAAGGACGCUUGCUUGCGGUUGACGACGCUGAACAUUCCGAAUGUAGCUUUUCGUUUUAGUGGUGAUAUAUUUUUGUGUUGUACAUUACUAAAAUUUCUUAAAUGCACAUGACAGACAAAGUAACUUUUGUUUCACAAUGUUAAUUGCGUCGCUCUUUGUUUUACCUUCCUUUUUUUCGUGUAGAUAAUUAAUAACACUGCUUUUAUUUUUAAAGCAACUUAAAUUGAUACAAUAUUAUGUGUUGACUCUAUUUUUUUAUCCUUUGACCUCUCAGUCUUAAACCGGGAAUGAACUUAAUUGCUUGUAACUUUGCUGUGAGCUCCCACUGCACAACUGGAAAGAAAACAGUGCUCAUGCUGCAAAGAUGCCCAGCUCAUUCUAGGGCCAGAAGGUUUUGAACCUAUUAGACACGUCUCAUUGACAGUAAAAGGAUUCUUACCAUGCUAAAAUAAACAGUUCCAGUGAUUUUGAGAGCUAUUAGCCACAAGCUUUCGAGAUGACAAUUUCUGAUAUAUGUAGUCAAUCAACAUUCGUCAAGUCAACUGAUAAUCAGUUAAUCAGAAGAUGUUUCAAAGUUCAUGACUUAGUAGUAAGUGUGAUUUUAUUAUUGUGACUCAGAGAGAUUUUCAAGACAGAAUAGUCUUGGCGUACUUAUAUCUUGUAUGUCUGGUGCAGGUACGGUUUUCCUGGCACUUAAUCCUCAACGAUUGAUAUUAUGUGCCCAGUAGUUAGGCUGCGUCAAGUUUAGAAUUCAGCUGUAUUUUGUAAUCAAUAAAUGCAUCUUUGUUGUAUUGAUGUAAAUCUCAGAAA